AAUUUAUUCUAUAUACUUCCUUUUUCUACAGACACAACAGUGAACCCGCCGUGGCGUGCUAAGACAGUAGGACAGGUCUGCGGUCGUCCAGCUGAUACCUGAAAAUGUCCCUCCCUCGCCAGCUAAGGGAUGAAAGUGACUUUGAGCAGCUUCCAGAAGACGUUGCUGUGUCUGCCCAUAUUGCUGAUAUAGAGGAGAGAAGUGGUUUCUCAGUGUACUACACUUUUGUGAUCGAGGUCAAAACAAAAGGUGGAUCUAAGUAUUUUAUAUACAGGAGAUAUAGCCAGUUCUUCACUCUGCACGCAAAGCUGGAAAACAAUUAUGGACCUGAAAAUGGCAUGGCACCUUAUAUUUGCACCUUUCCACCAUUACCACAAAAGAUUUAUGUUGGGAACAAAAAGGAAAUUGCUGAGAGCCGCAUAACUAUCUUGAGUGCCUACAUAAAGGCGCUUCUGAAUUUACCUACCUGGAUUCUAUUAGAUGAAGACCUUCGUUUGUUCUUCCACCAAACAGCAGAUGACAGUGUGAGAAUACCUCGAGCCUUGCGCAGGUUACGUCCACCUACCCGAAAAAUUAAGAAGAACUCCCAGCACAUUUCAGAUAUGGAGCGACCCCGGGCGGAGGCUGUCUUUGACUUUAAGGGGAACGCUGACCAAGAACUUAGCUUUAAGUCUGGAGAUCUCAUAUAUCUUUUAAGUCGAGUCAACAAGAACUGGUUGGAGGGAUCUACUCCAGAUGGAAUAGGAAUAUUUCCCCAGUCCUUUGUGAGAAUUAUCAAGGAUCUUCCAGUGGAAAAAUUUCCUGUCAGCUGCCUACGAUGUUAUUUCCAUGAUUAUGAUGUGUGUGCAAUCAGAGAUAUCCCUCUAGAAGAGGAUGUGAAGAAACGACCGUCAUGCAAUGAACUGCUAGAAUUAAUGAGAAAUCAGUUCCCUGACGUUGACCUGGCCUUGAAUAUGAAGGACUCCCAUGGUGAUCUGAUUCGCCUGGUGGACAACAGUGACAUGGAGCUUCUUGUUACAAAGGGAAAAAGAAAAUUGCAUCUAGAGAACUUCUUUCCCUGGGAAUUACAUAUCACACGGAGUGAUGACCUAGAUGUGUAUAAAAAUGUGGAAUGAGCUGGAAAUCAGCUGCUGGAGAUGUUAGAAAUUGUAGGAAAAAUUUUGAACCCCUGUCUCUGUGCAGCCUUGAGAUUUUCUAGUAGCAGGAUCUGAAUUUUCACUCUGUUCCGUCAGGCAGCUCAGCUGAAUGGCUCCUUGUCUCUCUCCUUGAUACUCAUUAUAGCUUAAUUGUUAUCUUACUGAUAAGAAUGUGGCUUAAAUAAGCGUUUAUGACCUUUUGGUAAAGUGAAAGUUAAAACUACCAUUCAUACAGCUAGAUAAACUGUUAACUCUUUUUGACAGAACAA